GGUCGGCUCGGCUCGGCUCGGCUCGGACCGGACCGGACUUCAGUGACUGGCCGCUGCUCGCCUCUGCAAGCGGAGCCGACCGGGGCUUUGCGCGCACGGCCGAAGCGCAUCGCCGGGGGUUUGCAUCAGGCAGGCACGUUGACUUGCGACCGGGACACCAGGUAGCGGCCGCGAUGUCGAAGGAGGACGAGGAGAUUGUGGAAUCCAAGGUGAUGUGGUACCCCGACUCCAAAAGGAACACGCACAUGGACCAAUUCAGGAAGCUCAUCAGUGACAAGUUCGGCCUGCAGCUCGCCAAUUAUAACGAACUGUAUCAGUGGUCAGUGGAGAAUUAUCCGGAGUUUUGGGCAGAACUUUGGAAAUUUAGUGGAUUGGUUUAUUCUCAACAUUACAGUGAGGUGAUUGACAGGAGGAAAGGAAUUGCGGAUGCUCCUGAGUGGUUCAAAGGGAGUAAAUUAAACUAUGCAGAAAAUCUUCUGAAGCAUAAAGAUGAUGACAAAGUGGCCCUUUAUGCAGCAUCAGAGGGGAAGGAGGAGAUUGAGAAAGUGACGUUUGGAGAGCUGAAGAGGGAUGUUGCUCUGUACGCUGCGGCGCUCCGAAAGAUGGGGCUGAAGAUAGGUGACAGAGUUGUAGGUUAUCUUCCAAAUUGUGUUCAAGCAGUUGAAGCCAUGUUAGCCACGGCUAGUAUUGGUGCCAUUUGGAGUUCAACGGCCCCCGACUUUGGUGUAAAUGGGGUACUGGACAGGAUCUCUCAGAUCCAACCAAAACUGAUAUUUUCAGUUGAAGCAGUUAUUUACAAUGGCAAGGAGCACGAUCACAUGGAAAAACUGCAGAAUGUAGUGAAAGGUUUGCCUGACUUGGAGAAGGUGGUACUGAUACCAUAUGUAAAACCGAAGCAGGCCGUGGACUUGUCUAGGAUACCAAACAGCGUGUUUCUCGAUGAGUUUCUUGCCACAGGGAAGGAGGGAGACCACGGACCGCAGCUUGAGUUUGAGCAGUUGCCGUUCAAUCACCCGCUAUUUAUUAUGUAUUCCUCCGGUACAACAGGAGCACCAAAAUGCAUGGUUCAUUCAGCUGGGGGCACACUCAUUCAGCACCUGAAGGAGCACAUUCUCCAUGGCAACGUGAGCAGCUGUGAUGUCAUUAUCUACUACUCUUCAACUGGCUGGAUGAUGUGGAACUGGCUCAUAUCAGCUCUUGCUACAGGAGCCUCUGUUGUCCUGUACGAUGGAUCCCCUCUGAUCCCCUCGCCGAAUGUACUGUGGGAUUUAGUGGACAAACUUGGAAUUACUAUACUUGGAACUGGUGCAAAAUGGCUGGCUGUUCUGGAAGAAAAAGAUCUGAAGCCAGGUGAAACUCACAGUCUACAGACAUUACACACUCUCCUGUCAACUGGAUCCCCUCUCAAACCACUGACGUAUGAUUAUGUCUACAAGCACAUCAAAAGUAAUAUCCUGUUGGGCUCAAUCACAGGUGGGACGGACAUCAUUUCGUGUUUCAUGGGCCAGAACUUCACCAUUCCAGUUUACAGAGGAGAGAUACAAGCAAGGAACCUGGGGAUGGCUGUGGAAAUCUGGAAUGAAGACAAGCAAGUUCUGUGGGGAGAAAGUGGAGAGCUGGUGUGCACCAAACCCAUUCCCUGUCAACCUACACACUUCUGGAAUGAUGAAAGUGGCAGCAAGUAUCACAAGGCAUACUUUGCUAAAUUUCCAGGUGUGUGGGCACACGGUGACUACGCUAAAAUAAACCCCAAAACUGGAGGGAUCGUAAUGCUUGGCAGAAGUGAUGGCACUUUGAAUCCAAACGGAGUGAGAUUUGGGAGUUCGGAAAUCUACCACAUUGUUGAAGCAUUUGAGCAAGUUGCAGAUAGCCUUUGUGUCCCACAGUACAACAAGGAUGGUGAGGAAAGAGUCAUCCUUUUCUUGAAAAUGGCCUCCAGUCACAUUUUUACAGAAGACUUGGUGAUAAAGGUGAGGAGUGCCAUCCGAAAGGCUUUAUCAGCAAGACACGUCCCUGCACUCAUACUGGAGACUAAAGACAUUCCUUACACCAUCAGUGGAAAGAAAGUAGAGGUGGCGGUGAAGCAGGUUAUCGCUGGCAAAGAUGUAAAGCAGCUUAGCGCCUUCUCCAAUCCAAAGUCUCUCGAGUUCUACAAGAACAUCCCUGAACUCCAGAACUUCUGAAAAUAUUAUUUAUAUAUGUGCAAAGUAAAUUUUAUUUAAUAGAGUAACUGUCUCACCUGGAAGACAUUUGGUGCAGUUUUGUGUUUAAUUUUUCCUCAAUGGUCCUGUAAAAUUGAAUAUAUGAUGUUGCAGCAAAAACCCAUAGUUGUGCAAGUAUAACUGGGGUGUCUUUAAGCUAAUCUAAAAUUGGAACAUUGACUCAAGUGGGUGUGAUGGCAGUUCUUCUGACAUUAAUGUGAUAUAACUUUGGAGAAGAUACUGUAGUGUUGUUUCAACUGAUCCUGAAAUAUUCCUGUCCAUGAGUUGUAUUAAAUUCUCCCCCAGUCAAAGGAAACACUGUUUUUGAAACUGCCUUUUUAAACUGUGAGCUUUUUUAUAGAUGGGAAAUAAAAUAAUAGCUUAUAAAAUCAAGGUAGUAUUUUUAAUUUGAUGUUGACAUUAAUUUGAAUUUUUCAUUUAGUCUGGAGUAAAUAUAGCAAUGUUACAAGUACUUCACUCAAGCAAUGUCUGUGGAAAAUGGAUUAACAUGCAAUAGGAGAACAUUACCCACGCAAGAUGUCCAAAGAAUAGAUGGGCUAAUGGCUGAUAAGGAUUUUGCUACUCCAGUUUACCUUUCUAAGUUCAACUUUUGUUUCUUUACGCGUUCAAAUACCAAUUUUCAUGCCUUUCCCUGCCAUACCUUUGGUGCUGUUUAAUCUUUUCUGUCUUCCAUUCUAGUACACGUCUUUCUGUGUUUCUUUCUCCCCUGCCUCUGAACCUUCUCUUGCAUCUCUACCAUUUGCAGUUCUAAUAAAAAGUUAUCAGCCCGAAACGUUGGCCUCGCUCCUAAGUUCGGCUUUCUCAGAACUGCAAUAUUUGGCUUUUGUCAAUUGUCCAUAUUUUAGCUGUGUAAUAUAUUAAUGGAAAUAAUUUGAUCCUCUAAUGCACAGUGAACUUGCACUACAGAGCGAUAUGUUUUAAACUGUUUGUUUCAUGUACCAGGUCCCGUACAAGAUUGCUUUUAUUUGAAGAUCAGGUUUGUGUCAGAAAAAACUGUAACUACAUAGGUCAAAUGUGGUCACUGAUCUUCAAUAGUUAUCGUUGUAAAUCUAAUUUUGCCAUAAUAUCAAAUUUAAGUAAAUUAAACAAUGGCGGAUAGGCAAAAAUAAUGUUGAGCACAACAACGUUUCCCUUGGCAUUUUAUUUCCCCUGAGUUGUGAAAACUUGGAAUAUGUUUUUAAAACGGUGUACUUGUUUUGUCUCAAAGAAACAGAUAAUAAAGCAAAAUAACAAGGUUACCAAGUUCUCUAGUGAUCUUUGUGUAUAAAGAGCUUUCCUUUCUGUUUAGUACAGGUUGCAAAAUGUGCUCAUUCGUUGUAGUCUUGCAUGAUAUUGAAUAUUGAUGAGGCCAUCCAUUCCCAGGUCUGCAACUCCAGUGAUCAAGGUUAAAGAUAAAGCAUUGGAUGUUAACUGCUCAUGUUUCAGGUUCAAAUCCCUUAAGUUGUAUGUUGUUUGAAAAUAAAAUUUCUUAUUGCAAA